UAACAAGUUAUCUCACCAAAGCCAGGUAGACCAUCAUCACGGACAGGUUGAGAGACUUCACUAACACCGAGGACCGACACAUCAUCACAAUGACACACCUGGUGGCGAAACCUUUCUUCACACACCUGUGUCUGGACACACAUCGCUACACACAAGUGGUGUUGCUUUGUAUGUACUUGUAUUUCUUCUCAGCUGUUCUUGCUUCUGAGAACGUGGCGCUGAGGAAGCCGGCUCGUCACAUCUCUACUUUCACAAACUACCCAUUAGCGACGGCUGACAAGGCCGUGGAUGGCAACACAAAUGGUGCCUUUUCUAACAACUCCUGUACCCACACUAAUGAGUUCUACAACACUUGGUGGAAGGUGGACCUAAUGGGCUUCUACAACAUCACCAGCGUACAGCUCUUCACGAGGACAGACGCACGUUGGGACAGAUUACAAAACUUCGAAGUUCGUGUAUCUGGCACUGACCCCACGACCUUUCCGUCCGGUGAUGGACAGCAGUGUGUCUACUAUAGAAAUCAAGUGGCUCUAACCGGAACUUUGCUCAACUGCACUCGUCCUAUCACAGGUCGCUUCGUCAGUGUGUUCAAGCAAGCCAACGAGGUUCUCACCAUCUGCGAGAUGUUUGUCUUCGGGACGAAGCUCGACAUCUCCGGUAAAGCUAAUUACUGUAGUGUCAGGUCAAAUUUCCUUUCUUGCCCUAGGAAGUCCACGACAGAAAUUUUUCUUGUGCUUGCAAACUAAAAUACAUAUACAAACAUGAGCAUAAAAGCAUUAUAUAUCAGCAUUACAGAUAUAGUAUGAGCAUGACAAAACAUAAUUACCAGACAAACCCAUACAAGAGCCAGACCCUACAGUACCUGUUGGUAGAACUCUCAGACCAACUCUGAGGUCGGUCCUUCAGGAAUGAUCGUAUCCACAUCACUAGGCUGCUCCUCACAUCCACGUCUAGUAGUCUCUAAAGAGGAAGGUGUGGCUGGAGUGUAUUGAAGGCGCUGGAAAAUCCAUGAACAGGACCUGAACAUAGGUGCCAGAGGUGUCCAGGUGUUUACGAUAGUCUCCAAAAGAGUGAGAGUGGCAUCAGACAUCCCCC